AUGGCGCGAAAAAAGGAAUAUGGUGGGAUGACUGCUGAUUCAAGCAGUACUGCUAGUAGUGAUGGGAAACGUAUUCCAAAAAAUAAUAUGCCGAAUGAUGCACAAUGUAAAAUGGAUUUAAAUCGAUUGAAUCCGACUUCGAAAAGGAAAGAGGCUGCAUAUCCGGAAACAAGCGUACGAAAUGUAUACGAUGUUGCUGAUUUGCGUGCGCAACUCGGAUCUUUUGGUUUAACUGUUCGAGAUAUUCCAGGAGACGGAAAUUGUCUUUUCAGGGCUUUGGGCGAUCAGUUGGACGGUCACACAGGAAAUCAUUUAAAGCACCGCCUUGAUACAGUUCGGUUUAUGAUAAACCAUCGCGAUCACUUUGAGCCGUUCAUCGAUGUCCCUUUCGAUCGCUAUGUAAAUGAUUUGAGCCGACCCGGUACAUACGCUGGCCAGGACGCGCUUGUGGCGUUUGCACGUUUGCACGAGGUAAACAUCAUUAUACACCAACUGAAUAGACCACUAUGGAAGAUUCAGGGUUCUGAAGAUAGUAAUGCUCCUGAACUUCAUCUUUCAUAUCACAACGGUGAGCAUUAUUCGAGCGUCCGUCGUUUCGGUGAUAUCGCUAAUACUCCGGCUGGAAUACGCAUUAUGGCACCAACUACUGUUCCGUGUUGUGCAUCACACAGUGUCUACACAUCUACGAAACCUAUCACUUCGCAUGCGAAUUCUGGUAAUUUGCAGCAGUCUGCAGCAAAUUUACAUAAGCAUAAUGUAGAUGCUUCAAAUGAAAGAACUGUUCAUACGUAUUUGUAUGGCGAAGACGAAUUUACCACUUUAGUUCAUGAAGUGAUGAAUCGUACUGGAUGCCGUGAUGCUAGCUUGGCUACAGAGGCUUUGAUAGAAAAUUCGGGAGAUUUAGAUCAAGCCGUUGAUUACCUAUUGUCACUUGCGUUAUUUGUUGAUCCUAGCAAUGAUGGAAAUCUUUCCAAAGCGAUGAACGAAAGUAAUAUGGAAAGGACAGAACACAGAAUAUUGAAAAGCCGAAAUGCUGAUGGUGUUGACAGGCAUCGUACUUUGCCAGCUUGUCCAAGUCGUGGUAGUAUUGAGCUAAUAACUUCUGAGCAAGAAGAGAAACGGGGACGCAAGCAAGGUGGUGGUAAUAUAUCGGAGGAACAUUUCCGUGUAACGUUAACUGUGUUUCAUUAUGAUAUUACGGUUAUAUUGUAUGUACUAUCACGCUUGAGUGUUUUGUUUGGUAAUGAAUAUUUGAGAGCUCAACAUGAUGGUCUCGCUUAA